AAAAUAUGCUAAAGGUUAUUAUAGAAAGUUCUAAAGGCCAAAAAAGUAAAACAGCAGAACUUGAAAAAGAAGACUUGUCUUUAGUCAUUUCUUUAAGCAAUACAGAUCAAAUUUCAGAUAAACAAACAAAACAAACAACAUGUAAGGAGCCUAUAUCUAAUCAUGUAAACAACUAA